AUGCCACAAAGACGCUCCACUAGCAGAGUUUACGAAAUGCACCGCAGCUAUGUUGUCAUGUUCAUAUUUGUUCUUUUGACGCGCUUACAUGGCCUGUGGCAAGCGCCUUUAAAAUUUGUGGUCACAAGGAUCCAAGCACUAUAUAUUUCGUGCUGAAAACCUUUCCCUUCCUUCCAUCUCUUUCCAUUUUUCCAUUACUCUUACCUGAUUUUUACUGUCAAUCGUCAUGUCUAACGACAUACGUUCACUUGACAAUAAAACUGUCUUCAAACGCCUAGCCAGGCGUUUGAGUACGCUAGACAACUUUCUGUACGCUAUGGACGAAAUCUUAAAAUUCGACCGUUUAGAAGACUACGAACUGCGGCCCUAUGGGGAAAAGAUCAUCGCUCUGACGGAGGUCGCGCACGCGACACUCAGAGGAAUAAUGGGCGUGUCUCCGUUCACGAUUCGUUCAGAGGAACAUAUCCCUUACGAGUCGGCGUACCGCAAAAUGCUCGUUUGGAUCAGACGGCGCAGGUCCGCAUUCCCUACUGACAUCGACGAUCGAAUCAGUUCGCUCCUGUAAACCACAAUAUGGUUCUACGGACUAGGGGGAAUUGACCCUCGUGUUCAAUUGGGCACGACGACGAGACGCUUGCUUUUCCUCGAAGGCCGUUUGUACGCGAACUCCGAACGAAAGUCCGACGCUUUGAGGCU